AUGGCAAGAAAUGCCCAAGUCUCUUCCAGUAAACAACCUAAACGUAAAUUGGCAACAACAAAAAAGUUGCCAAGGCGUAGUAAUUUAUCAAGCAGUGGUAAGAGAAGAUCUAAACCUGGCGAUCCAGUGGCACCUGCUAAACCCAGGAGGUAUCGACCUGGAACAGUAGCUUUACGCGAAAUCCGACAGUAUCAAAAGUCUACUAAUCUCCUUUUAAGAAAAUUACCAUUUUCACGUGUGGUUAGAGAAAUUGCUAUAGAACUUAUGGAGCCAGAUGCUACUGUAGGUUAUCGAUGGCAAUCAUCUGCAAUUUUGGCCCUUCAAGAAGAUAGUCAAGAAUGUGGAAGAAUAUACAAAACUAGUUCUUCAACUAGUAAUCUUAUUAGAUAUUUAAGUGCUGAAUAUGGUGUAACAAAAUCUGAUCAAAAUUCUAAAAAGGCUCAAAAAUCCACUCUACUUCAUAAUGAAAAACAACAAAAAGAACUACAAGAAUUACUUGUUAAUUGGCUUAUAACAAAUUCAUAUCCUUUGAUUAUUAUUCAAGAUAAAGCCUUCUGUCGAUUUGUGAAUAAACUUGAUCUAGCAUUUUUAAUUCCUGAU